UCAAACUUUGAAAUCCAGCUGAAACACACUGAUGUAUUUUUAAAUAGUCUGACCCUUUAAGUAAGGAGCGGAUACCACCAAUAGGCAACCAGUUUCAGUCUUGACAUAUUUUAGAGAUGACCAACCAAUGAGAAUCAACUUUUUUUUAGGAAAAUAACUGAAAAAUACAAGUAUAAAACAAGAUUAAAACUGAUUAUUUAAAUCAAGGUUUUAAGCUAAAGCUGUUCAGAUUGCAUACAUGGAGAAGUAAUGAUGACCUCUAGUCGUGAACACUUGUCUCUUUUCAUGGCUGUUGCAUUCCAGUGAAGUGACACUCACUCAUUGUGGUCAGAUGGCUUCUUUAAUAAAGAAACAAUAUGGGGAGAAGGGGGAAGUAAUCGAAAAGGUUAUGCUUAAAUAAAAUCAAAUAAUAAUUUUCAUUAAAUAAAUCCUGUAUCCUCAAGUAUUUAAAUGAGAGGUCUGUACUAGCUCCUAUUAUAAACUGUUUAGGUAGGGAUAAAACUGGAAAAAUCCACACCAGUAGUGGCUGAGAGUGAACACUGGGUUUUUAAUCACUUAGGACACAGUGCUGUUUCUAGAGGAUGGGUAGGGGACCUUUAUGCUACUGUAGAAUUUUUUCUGUCCAAUGCGAGUAUGCAGAAACUUGACCCCAUCAAGCAAGCCCACCUGGUUGGAGUGGCAUAGGCCUGCUUUUUGCUUCCCGGUCCUACUCCCUGGACAUGGAGGUUGGCUGGGAUAUAAAGGGAUGAGAUUCCUGUUACGUGGCACUGAUCCCUAACCGCUGAGUAGGGCUCCCACCACUAAGGUACAAAGAAAUGGGACAACACCGAUAAGCCUGAGCCCAUCAAACUGGGCAGCUGCCCGUGCGUGGUGAGUACCCUUAUGGACCUCCCUGGACAGACUGCGCCCCCUUAUGACUAUCCUGGGACAGGCGGCUGGCCGCGUGCCCUGGGGACCCUCACAGCUAGCCCAGGACAGCUGUCUCCAACAGGCACGUGCUGGGAAAGCCCAGCCAGGUGGCAGCCCCAACGCUGAGCGCACUGCUCUGACUGCAGCGGGGCCCAGGGCACGGCGCCGAAAGCCAUUAAACAAAACGAUAAGCCCCGUAAAUGAUGGAAACCACUUCAAACCCCGGGGUGGGGGGGAGGCUCCCGCACCCCAGCAGCUCUGCCCAGCCUGCACGGCGAGCAGCACCGCUGGGCAGGAGAAGGUGGCCCGGGGAGGGGCUCAUGGCUUGUAGCGCAGGCCUAGUGGGCCACGCCUGCUUGUAACGUAGGGUGCGGGCAGCGCCCAGAGAUGUAGGAAGCUCGUGAGGGAGCCGCACUCACCCCACUCUGGGAAAGUAACGGCGGCAGCGCACUGCGCGCUGCGUUUGGAACCUUAUGGACGCUGUAGCCCCGGUGCAUGUUGGGCUCUGUAGUCUUAGUGAGCCCAGGUGCAUGCUGGGCUUCGGAGUCCCCACGGCCCUGCGUUCUGCUGUGUGACGCUGCUGGCUGCGGCGAGGGUAGGGGGCGUGGCGCGAACCCCUGGAGGGCCGGUCCUCGUGCAGGCCGGUGGUGAGCGGUUAAGCCGACCGCUUCCUGCGUCUGCCUGCUUGCCGGCCGGCCGGCGAGAGGGUUCCGGGGCGGAGUUCGCUUUCCUCGCGCCCAUCCCGGCUCCCGGAGCAGCCGGGGGAAAUGCCCGAAGCCACCCGGCUCGAAGCCAGCAGCGGGGACGAGGCCGAGAGCCCCAUGGAGAGCGGGACCGCCCCGGAGAGCAGCCGCAGGAGGAGGCACAAGAAAGAUAAAAAAGAGAGAAAGUCUAAACACCAUGAUAAAUCCAAGAAGAGGAAAUCCCGAACAGAGGAAAAUGGGCUGUCUGAAGAUGACCUUGAACCUCCCAAACUUAAAAAGAUGAAGGAGAGAGAGAGAGCGAAUGGAGAUACUGGGGAAAGAAGCCCAGAGCACAAGAAGAAAUCUUCCUCUCUAAGUAAUGGAGUCACCCCCACAAAAACACAGUGUAAUUUCAGUGAAGCAUCAAGUGGAGAGUGUGACAGCGAACCAGAGCAGGAACUGACUGCAGAGCAGAAGGAAGGUGCUUUCUCCAAUUUUUGUAUUUCCAAAGAAACUAUUGAGCUUCUUCGAGCUCGAGGUGUAACAUACCUGUUUCCUGUGCAAGUAAAGACCUUCAAGCACAUAUAUGAUGGCAAAGAUGUUGUAGCUCAAGCUCGAACUGGAACUGGGAAAACAUUCUCUUUUGCCAUUCCCUUGAUUGAAAAGCUUCAGGGAGAAAUGCAGGAGAGGAAAAGAGGCCGCACGCCAAAGGUGUUAGUUCUUACUCCAACUAGAGAGUUGGCAAACCAGGUAGCCAAAGACUUCAAGGACAUCACAAAGACACUCUCAGUGGCUUGUUUUUAUGGAGGAACGGCAUACAAUGGACAAAUUGAUCUAAUUCGAAGUGGCAUUGACAUCUUGGUUGGGACCCCAGGUCGAAUCAAAGACCACCUUCAGAAUGGCAAGCUGGAUCUUUCCAAACUCAAGCAUGUUGUCCUGGAUGAAGUUGACCAGAUGUUGGACAUGGGCUUUGCUGAACAAGUGGAGGACAUUUUACGAGUUGCGUACAAGAAGGAUUCUGAAGACAAUCCCCAGACAUUGUUGUUUUCUGCAACUUGUCCACAUUGGGUAUACGAUGUGGCUAAGAAAUACAUGAAAUCCAGAUACGAACAGGUUGACCUUAUCGGGAAGAGGACUCAAAAAGCUGCUGUGACUGUAGAACAUUUGGCUAUAGAGUGUCACUGGUCUCAAAGAGCAGCAGUUAUUGGAGAUGUCAUUCAGGUUUACAGUGGCAGUCAUGGACGGACCAUAGUCUUUUGUGAGACGAAAAAGGAGGCAAAUGAACUGGCCCUGAAUGCUUCUAUUAAACAGGAUUGCCAGUCGCUGCAUGGUGACAUUCCUCAGAAACAAAGGGAGAUAACUUUGAAAGGUUUUAGAAAUGGUGUGUUUAAAGUUCUGGUUGCAACUAACGUAGCUUCCCGUGGUUUAGAUAUCCCUGAAGUUGACCUGGUUGUACAAAGUUCACCACCGAAGGAUGUGGAGUCGUAUAUUCAUCGUUCUGGGCGCACAGGCCGAGCUGGACGGACUGGGAUGUGUAUCUGUUUUUAUCAGCGAAAGGAAGAAAGUCAGCUAAGACACGUGGAACAAAAAGCAGGAAUUACAUUUAAGCGUGUAGGUGUUCCUACUGCAACAGAUAUAAUUAAGGCUUCCAGCAAAGAUGCCAUCAGGUGUUUGGAUUCUGUUCCUCAAACUGCCAUUGACUAUUUCAAAGAGUCAGCUCAGUGGCUAAUAGAGGAAAAGGGGGCAGUUGAAGCUCUGGCUGCAGCACUAGCCCAUAUUUCUGGGGCUACUUCCAUUGAACAGCGUUCCUUGCUCAACUCAGAUGUGGGAUUUGUAACAAUGACAUUGCAAUGCUCAGAAGAGAUAGACAACAUAAGCUAUGCCUGGCGAGGGCUAAGAGAACAGCUGGGUGAUGAAAUUGAUAGGAAAGUGAACAGAAUGUGUUUUCUCAAGGGAAAAAUGGGGGUGUGUUUUGAUAUUCCUGCAGUGAAUCUUAGACAAAUACAGGGAAAAUGGCAGGAUUCAAAACACUGGCAUCUGACUGUGGCAACUCAAUUACCCGAGUUAGCAGAAACCCAGCGAGAAGGAGGCAGAGGCUUCUACGACUCCAGGAAUGGGAGGCGAGGUGGCAGCUUUAAUAGAAACAGAUUCAGAAAUAGAGGCCAGAAACGAAGUUUUGACUGAGCAUUUGAUCGCUAGCUCUAACAAUAAAAUUUGCAGAAAUGAGACUAAAAUAUUUUUAUCCACAUUAAAAAAAGUCAUGUUCGUUCUAUGUUUGUGCCACUUGCAGAAUCUGUCAUUCAAAAUUUGUUUUUCCAGUAUUGCUAGGGAUGGCUGUAUACAGGACCAAUUCAGAGAACAGCAGUUCAGUGUAUACAAAAUUAUUCCUUAUCUUCCACACAGCUACGUCUAAAGAAUAUUCAUCAGACUCCUCCACAGAGCCUUGUUCCAGGAUGCGUCUUUUGCAAUCAGAAAUCUGGCUUGGGUUUACUACACAGUAUGUAUCAAAAUCUCCAUUUGAAUUGGUCUCCAGUGGUGACUGAAACCUGUCCAUUUUCCAAAAUAAUUAAAAUACUAUUCCUACAUGGUCA